AUGAGGACUCGUAGUAAUUCAGGAGUGCGAUUAGAUUAUUACCAAAGAAUAGUGCACAAGUUAAUUUUAGACCAUCAGCAGCCUGUAACUGGUUUAUUUCCUGCUAGUCCCCACAAUGAUCACGCCUGGAUCAGGGACAAUCUCUAUUGUAUAUUGGCGGUAUGGGGAUUAUCCAUGGCAUUUAAGAAAAUAGCAGAUCAAGAUGAAGAUCGCGCCAAAACAUAUGAAUUGGAGCAAAGCUGCGUCAAAUUAAUGAGAGGUCUCCUCAUGGCCAUGAUGCAACAAAAGGAGAAAGUUGAGAAGUUUAAAAGUACUCAACAUCCAAUGGAUUCUCUCCAUGCUAAAUAUUCUUCAACUACUGGGCGCACAGUAGUUAAAGAUACAGAAUGGGGACAUUUGCAAAUUGAUGCAAUUUCCCUGUAUCUCCUUGUACUUGCUCAAAUGACUGCAUCGGGUCUGCAGAUUGUUUUCUCACUAGAUGAAGUAGCAUUAAUACAAAAUCUAGUAUUUUAUAUUGAAUCUGCAUAUUGUACACCUGAUUAUGGUAUUUGGGAGAGAGGAGAUAAAACUAACCAUGGAUUACCAGAGUUGAAUGCUAGCUCUAUCGGUAUGGCCAAAGCAGCUCUGGAAGCUAUGAAUGAACUAGAUCUCUUUGGAGCUCGUGGAGGACCUUCAAGUGUGAUUCAUGUUCUUGCUGAUGAAGCUCAAAAAUGCCAAGCUGUACUGCAAUCAAUGCUUCCAAGAGAAUCAAACAGUAAGGAGCUUGAUUCUGGCCUACUAUCCAUAAUAAGUUAUCCAGCUUUUGCUGUUGAUGAUCCAAACUUAAUUACCUUGACAAGAAAUACUAUUGUGACUAAAUUGCAAGGAAAAUAUGGGUGCAAGAGGUUCUUGAGAGAUGGUCACAAGACACCUAGAGAAGACCCAAAUAGACUUUAUUAUGAACCUUGGGAGCUGAGAAUGUUUGAGAACAUAGAAUGUGAAUGGCCAUUGUUCUUCUGCUAUCUUAUAAUGGACUAUUGUUUCCAAGGAGACAAAACCAAUGUUACGGAGUAUAUGCAGAAGUUAGAAAAGAUUAUGAUAAGAAAAGAUGGAGGAAUGCCUUUAGUUCCUGAGCUAUAUUCUGUUCCAGCAGAUAAGGCUGACUUAGAACAUCAUGAUCCUGGAAGUCAAGAGCGAAUACCACUGGGACGGUGUCCAUUUAUAUGGGCACAAUCAUUGUACAUUUUAGGGAAAUUGUUACAGGAGGGCUUCCUAGCAGUGGGUGAACUUGACCCUCUUAACAGGAGGCUGUGUUCAGAAAAGAAACCUGAUGUAGUUGUUCAAAUUGUGAUACUAGCCGAGAAUAAUGAAAUUAGAGAUAAACUUUUGGAAUAUGACCUGCAUGUACAGACAAUUAGUGAAGUAGCUCCUAUCGAAGUGCAACCGGCAAGGGUUCUUAGUCAUUUGUACACAUAUUUAGGUAGAAAUAAAAAAUUGGGCUUAUCUGGCAGAAAAUCACGAGAUGUGGGUAUCCUUAGUACUAGCAAGUUGUACUCUUUAAACGAUCGUAUAUUUGCUUUUACACCCCAAUUUUCUGAUAUGACCCGUUUCUACAUCGCUUCUGACUUUGAACUGAUGGUUGAUACACUUAAAGCCGAAAUAAAUUUCUUGAAAUCUGCUUGGCAAAACCUUCUUGGAAGACCGCUUGUUGUCUUGGCCAACUUCGACUAUGAAGAGUACUACAUGUCACGUGAUCCGGCUCUGCUCGCGAGCACAUUCAUGGCGAACGUGGCAUUCCUCGGCAUGAGCUGGAAGCAAAUGCUUGGCCGGCCGACGCUCACAUUGCUCGCUACACAAUAUUUGUUAGAUCAAGGUAAGAUCCCAAUGGCUAUGAUAACAACAAUGAAAAAGCUUAAGUCUGGAUAUAUCAAUGGUACUAGAGUGACACUUGGAAAUCUUGGUGAAUUUUUGAGCACAUCAGCCAUUACUAAUUUGAGUUUCCUUGGAAGCCAGGAGGAUGGAUAUCCUGAUAAACUAAACCCGGAAGUACAGAGUUACUUAGAGGAACACUUGCUGAAGUCAAUUACUAACAAGCUGAGCUUUUUAUCGCGUCCAUCAGGAGUGCGCAAUGCUCGGCCUUUGCGUAGGCGCAUGUCAGUGCGCGGGGCUAUCAGGAAAACAAGAUCUAUUAACGUAGAUUCUGAUACUUUGGGUAUGGAAGGUGACUCCACGAUGCAGGGUCGGACUCUAGAACGUAAGCCAUCGUGGCUCGACGUCGACCCUACUCAUGGACGCAGUCCUUCCCCUGAAGAUGCCAAGAAGAAGGCUUUUACUAAGGGAACAUCGACAACUAGCUUAGGAGUUCCAACGCCAACUAUUGAAGUAACUGCAGAAAAAGUUCCUGUGCCUAAAGAAGAGGUGAUAAUAAACAAGAACCUACCGGUGAUAAGGAAUCGCACGACGUCCGAAUCACAGAAUUCGGUGUACGCGGAGCAGGAAACGGAUGAGCUGAUCGCUAUGUUGCGAGAGACUGAGAGUUUAGACGAGCAGGGCGACAUACUGCAGUACCUUGUUGAUACGCAUGGCUUAGAUUUUAAUACAGGUAUGCAAGAAAAUGGUAAGACAGUCACAGUGAAGGAUCUUCUGAAAGUGCUGUAUGAGAAGGCUUGCACCCAGAAGCUUUGGGGCCUAGUCCGUCACACUGCGGGUAUGUUAGGAAAGCGAGUAGAAGACUUAGCAAAGGCGGUCACAGACUUACUCGUUCGACAGAAACAAAUUACCGUGGGUAUGCCUCCGAACAACGAACACACGAUCACCGCGCCGUUACCCGAAAAUGAACUAAGGCAACUUAUACACCAGGCUUACGGUGAUGAUGAGAGUACAGCAAUGUUGACACAGGAGCUGCUGGUGCACCUCGCCAUGUUCAUCCGCACGGAACCUCAGUUAUUUCUAGAAAUGUUGCGUCUGCGCGUUGGUUUGAUUAUACAGGUGAUGGCCACUGAACUUUCGCGAACACUAUCUUGUGAUGGUGAAGAGGCUUCGGAACAUUUGCUGAAUCUCUCUCCCUUUGAAAUGAAGAAUUUGCUGCAUCAUAUACUCAGUGGGAAGGAGUUCGCCAUUAAUAGCGUUGGUCGUGGAAAUUUCUCUAUAGUGAGCAACAAGUCUCACAGAUAUGGCAAAAAGUCUCAAAUAGUUUUGGAAGGGCAAUCUCUACAAGGCAGUAUCGAUGAUACGCCUGCCAUAGAGCCGGACCGUCAAGGGCAAUGGCUGCGCAGGCGCCGACUCGACGGAGCUCUCAAUCGUGUACCCCGCGACUUUUAUCCUCGUGUUUGGGGUGUUUUAGAAAAGUGCCAAGGACUACUGAUCCAGGGUAAAAUUCUACAACCCAAUCUGACGCAGGAGAUGACAUCUGGCGAACUGAAGUUUGCCCUCGCUGUCGAGACCGUAUUAAACUCAAUCCCUCAACCCGAAUACCGUCAGCUCGUGGUCGAAGCAUUGAUGGUGCUGACCCUAGUGGUUGAAUAUAAAGCUGUAGCGCAUUUGGGCGGGAUGAUAGAAGUCGAGAAUCUAGUUCAUAAAGCUAAUCACAUAUUCUUGGAGGAUCAGAUGCGGUGUAACGGCGACGCCACGCUGUGCUGCGCGAAGGAGGGAGUGGGCGGCGCGCUGGUGUGCGGCGGCGCGGCGGGCGUGUGCCAGCACCUGUACGACAGCGCGCCCAGCGGCAGCUACGGCACCAUGACGUACCUGGCGCGCGCCGUCGCCGCGCUGCUGGCCGCCACCGUGCCCAUGGACGCCGCCAUCGAGUGUACCAUUACUUAG